GCCAACUCCAAGGCCAAGAGUCUAGACCUCUACAUUCAACUCAUUCAAUCAUUGUUAGAGGUUGGAGCUAGAAUCAUUCAAAUUCUAAUUCAUUGUUUGUGUGCAGGGCUGGAGGAACUAUGUUCCUUCAGAGUUGAAGAUUAUUUACUCCUAGUCCAAACCUCCCGCAGGACGACAGGGGAUGGGAGCAGGCAGGGUUUGAUCCCGGGACCAUCGAUAAAUCCUAAUGACAAUCCAGCGCGCAAACCAUUUGUCCAGGUAGCCAUCAAGGACAAGGACAAAAUUUGACAUCCUUGGAAGAAGAGUUUCAUCUUUUUACCUUGAGUCACCAGUAGUAGAAACAUCAUGGUGACCAUGCAAAAUGAAAAUUACUUUAAAAAAAUAUAUCAGAAUGUCAGAUAAUAAAGUGGAUACAGGUCAGGUGGCCAAACCAGUUCUGAGACAUCUACGUCGAAGUAAAACAAUCAAUGUCUCACACUUUGGGACAAAUAAUGGCCAAUCCAGAAAUGAAGGAAGUUUCACUGAUGCCUAUGAAGGGCACAGGUCUCCAUCUCCCACUCCCCAACCAACAUCAUCUUGCCAAGCGUUGAAACAUGCAGUUUCAGCACUUACUAGAAUAGAUGAUUUCAUAUUGGAAGAGCUAGGAGAUGGAUUUUUUGCUAAUGUUUACAAGGCUACUCACAAAGUUACUAAUGAAGAAAUGGUGAUGAAGGUGAAUAAAGACUCUGCCAAUCGCUCUAGUGCAUUACGAGAAGUUCAGCUCAUGAAUAAACUAUCUCACCCUAACAUAUUAAGAUUUUUAGGUGUGUGUGUUCAUGAAGGUCAGUUACAUGCAUUGACAGAAUACAUCAGUGGAGGUACUUUAGAAACCUUGCUAGCUAAUAAAGAUGAAGAACUCCCUUGGACUCUCAGGAUAAAGUUGUCACUUGACAUAGCUAAAGGAAUGCAUUACUUACACGCAGAAGGUGUUUUUCACAGAGAUCUUACUUCUAAGAAUGUUCUUAUUAAGAAAGGGGAAAACAGAAACUAUCAAGCUGUUAUUGCAGACUUUGGUUUGGCUACCAAAAUUCCUGAACCCAAUACAGAGCCUUUGCCAUCUGUUGGGUGUCCUUGGUGGAUGGCACCUGAAGUUAUUCAUGGAAAGUAUUAUGAUCAGAGGGCCGAUUUGUUUUCUUAUGGCAUCAUCUUAUUAGAAAUAACAGCACGUAUUGAAGCUGACCCUGAAACAAUGCCAAGAACAAAGAAAUUUGGUGUUGACUACAUCAAAAUUUGUGAAAUGGUAGACUACUGCCCUUUGGAUUUUCUUCAAUUGGCUUUCAAGUGUUGUCAAAUCUUACCAGAACUUCGGCCUAGCUCUAGUGUUAUUAUAAGUAACUUGGAAAAGCUGUACAAGAGCUUGCGCAGUAACUCACAGAAUAAUUUAGGAAAACUUCACAAAAGAUCAAGAUCAGAAGAUAACAUUAUUCAAAGUAGUGACAGUAUGGCUGGAGAUGAGAUUCUCAUGACUCCUCAAAUAAUUGCACAAGCUAUGACCAAGGAUGAUCCUCAUUACUGCCCAGCUAAUGCCAAUCCAUUUGCUUCCAUCAGCAAGUUUAAAGAUGGCAGAAAAGUUUUGGAGUUUCCCAAACAGCGCAAGUGCAGCUUUAACAAUGGCCUUGCUCUGUUACUUGGAAGACAAGCUGAUCAGAUGUCAUCAUCCUGCAAUGGCAGUCAUAUUUUCAUGAAACCUGAAAGUCAGUCCCUUCCUUGCUCACCUGUUAUGCUCCGCAAGGCAGCAGAGAAGCUUCAUCAAGCCUCUCUCCAUGGGAGUGAUGCAGUGGAGCUAGAAGAGGAUCCUAAGAUAAGGUUUACUGCUAGUAGUGAUCACCAGGAUUCAGGAAACACAUCCCCUGCUUCUGAAAAAAGGGCUAGAUUUGGUUGCAGUCGAACUCGAAGCUUAGGAAGUUUGGAUUUUUUCAGCCCCAUGGGAUUGUCCAGCACUGGAAGAAUGCGUCUGAAAAUAAAUCCUUCAGGUCAGUUAGAUAAAAAAGGUUACUGCAAUCGAGAAACUGCAAGGAUAAGAGAAUCAAGUGUGGAAGAUCAGCUUCUGAAUGGAUUAGGAGAAAGUACAGAUGAUCUAAAUGAGAACAGUGUCUACUCUGAUUGUGUUGUUCAUUUAAGGAACAGCAUCACCUCUGGCUCCUUUAAAAGUGUCAGUAGUGACAGGGAGGAAACUAGUAGAGAGGGUCGCUUCAGCAGCUUAGACCAAGAUGAAACCAGUGGUGCUGGUUACUUUGGUAGCUGCGGGGAAAGCCUCAGCUGCUGCAGUCUAUCGAGCUAUGUUAGUUGUGGAGAUUUGGAAGAGCUUGAUGAACGAAGUGCUGAGGUCUUCAGUGACCAGGUGGUACCAGUAGGCUCAGAAUGCCUAGGAGAGUUGGAUGUGAGUAAACCAUGCAUUGCUAUAGACAGCAAGAGCUAUGAAGCCAAUCACUUUAGCUUGGACACUGUGAAAGAGUGUCUGGGGACAAUGGGUGAGGCUCAGGAUCUAAUCAUAACUAAAUUUUAGAUCUCUGCAUAUUGCUUCAACAGUUAGAACAGUCACCUGAAAUGGAAAAUUAUUUCAAACAUCAAGCUAAAAGGUAAUGUGUACAAGAGAAGAAACACUAAUGGUUACACCACUGUCUGAAAUAACUAAAGUAGUUUGUUUUUAAUUUUUUUUUUUUCCAAUUGCUCUAGUUUUCUCUUUGUUCUUGUUAAUUAUGCUUAGUUUUUGCAUGUGUCCAAGUUUGUUGCUAAAUUGUGUUUUUCAAAUAUAUUGUUGGCCUAAAUUUUGUUUUGUCACUAUAGUUUAAUUGAUCAAAUUAUUUAUUUUACUUAUCGUAAAGAUUCAUUUAGAAUAAGAAUAUAUUUGAAUUUUGCACUAGAGACUUGAUAAUUAUUUCAGCUUGUAUAUUUACAUAAUGAAUGCUUCAAUACCACACAAUUAUUUGUUAAGCCUUAUGAUUUAACUAAUUAUGGUAUAUUUUUAGUUCACUGUCAUAAUUAGAACUAAUUGUUUAAAAAUUUUCUUAUAUUUGAAUCUAACUGUAUAUAACGUUAGUCUGUACAGAUAGCAAAACUUAUUUCCAAAGACUUUAAGCCAGUAUUUUGUUGAUACCAAACACAACUUACCUAUGUAAUAUUACCAGCUUUGUAGCAUUGACUUUGAAUUGACUACUUUAAUGGUAUAAUGUGCAAUUGUUUUAAAACAAUGAUCUUUAUCUAUUUUGUUUUUGCCUACUAUUUACUAAUUUGACUAUUUUAAGUAAAUCUUUGAAGAUAUACUUACUAUUUUUUUUUUAUUUAAGAAAUUUCUUUUUACUUCUAUUCUAAAUUUAUUAUUAUUUUGGUGAAGAUCAAAAGAAAUUCUAAUUGUGACCUGUUUCUUGAUUCCUCGGACAUACUAACUUAUAAUAAUCACAAUAAGAUCAUUCAGUAUUUAUGUAUCUGCUUCUUAUGUAACUUUAUUGCCAUUAUCUAUAACACUAAAUUUGAUAUAAACAGCAUUUAACCUCAGCUUGUUCCUUACACAUUUUGUCAAUGUUCCCAGACUCACUGCAUUUACACUUCAAAUCAAGAAAAGUAACAAAUAAUUCACUGAUAAAUUGAGUGAUAUUUUGUAAGUUUCAGUUUUUUGCUAUUGUUUCUUCUAGUCCUUUUUUUUUUUUACAGUAUAAUGUAUUAAUGGGGCUGUUGAUUAUUUUUUGUUUAGCUUCAUUUUGUAAUUCAACUCACCCAAAUCAUGUAUUAGUUUAUUCAAUGAUUGUGUUCAGACAGUUAUUUUUCGUCUUAUUCAGCAUUAUUGUCUAAACCUUCACAUUUGCAUCAGUCCUGCAUACUUAUGUUUCACAUAUCAACUUUUCCACAUUGACUCAGACAUUUUCUACUGAGGUGAUAUUUGUCUUAUAUAAAAUUAUUUCUAAUUAAUUGAUGUACACAUUUUUCUAUUGUACAGAUCCCUAAAGAAUUAUAUUAUACGGUGUAUAUAUUUCUUUUCUUUAAAAAUUAAUAUAUUUUAAAAUUAUUUAUUAUAUUAGCCAAUAUAUUUAUUAUCAGAGUAAUAAAAUUAUGUAUUUAUGAGUUUCAAUUUGAAGAGUCUUUAAUUGAUCACCUUUAAGUUUUAGGUGCUGGUACUAAUCUGUAAAGAAUGUCCCGGGUGUCCCAACAUAGACUUCUAGUUGUUGUGUUGUUGUUUUCAACAGAAUGCCUUACCCUUUCCAGUUCUAUUGAAAUUCUGACUUUAGCAAAUGAAAUUGCAGUAUGUCUGUCAAUCGGCUACACUUCUCAGCACUGUUGGAUUGGAAAUACCACUGGUCAUGUAUCUGUUCGGUAUAACUAGGAAAUUUAUCUUGUUGUUUUUUUUUUCAUAGAUUUAUUCACCCACAACGUACCUAAUAUCAUUAUUAUAAGCCUAUACUUUUUUUUCAAAUGAUAUGUCAAAAUAUAGGAAUUUGGAAUUUCUGUUGCAUUUGUGUGUACCUGGUCAUGCGUUGAAACAUACAUAAUAAAAGCACAUUCUGUCAUCAGGUUUAACUUUGUGAGUGCCUAACUUUGAAAUAAUUGAGUCACUUGUGCACCAUCAUUGAAUAUAUUCAAAGAUACUAUAAGAAAUGUAUUUCUAAGUGGGAUAAAGUUUGUUUUUAUCUAGUGUGGCAGUCUAAGAGAAUGUUAUGGUGGCAGUAACUUAGCCAAGUUGUACAUUUGGGUUCUUUUUUUUUUAAAAUACACUUUUCUCCCUUAAGAUUGAAAAAAAAAUGUUCAACCAGUAGAUAGAUUUUGGAAUAAAGGUUGGAUAGAGAUGUAACCAGGGGCAAAAAUUCAUUUUUAAAAGCACAAGAAAAAAAAAUUGAAACUCCAGCAUUCAUUUGAUGGUCACAUUUUCAGUGCUUUAAAAAUUAACCAACAUCUACAUUAUUUAACUUCAACUACUUACACAUAUAACAUACUGUUUAGCUGUUUAAAUACUAAUGUUUAUUUUUUCAUGGUUCAGUACAAUGAAACUUUGGAUUUUGUUUUAAAUAGAAAAUGUAUUUUUCAAUCAUAUGUUAUUUCAUAUACAUGUAAAGCAAUGACACACUAUUAUUUUCUUAUUUAGCCAUCAUGUAGCCCAAACGAAUUCAUUUUUUUUUAUCUGUAAGCCUGAAAACAAAAACAUUAAAGAAUAUUUGAACAUGA